AUGUCUCUCAAGGUCUUUUGUUUUGCCACCCUUCUCGCCGUAGUCGCAGCACAACACGGUCAUCACCACGACCACCACCACAGUCACGCCUCCUCAUCACAGAGCCUCCACCAGCACCACUCACAUGGGACUGAGAAACAUGUCGUGUACUAUGGUCAUCCUAAGUACGAGUUCUCUUACCAAGUAAAGGACCCCCACACACACGACAUUAAGUCCCAGCACGAGACACGCGACGGCCAUGUUGUCAAGGGCGAGUACAGCCUACACCAGCCCGACGGCAGGGUCAGGACUGUCAAGUACCACGCUGACCACAAGACCGGGUUUAACGCCGACGUACACUACGAGGGUCACGCCACACAUGCUGUUCCUAAACAUCACCACCAUCAUUGA